AUGACGCCUCCGCACAAACCCCAUCCGGCAGCGACCAAGGUCGCAUGCGUGAUGGUUGGUCUGCCGGCAAGAGGCAAAACGUACGUCGCACGUAAGAUCGCCCGAUACCUGGCAUGGCUCGGACACCAUUCCCGCAUUUUCAACGUAGGAAACUACCGGCGAAACGCAGUUGGAGCAGUACAACCCCACGAUUUCUUCGACCCUUCUAAUCCCGAAAGUGUAGCGAUGCGAAAGGAGGUGGCCUCACGAGCGUUGGAAGAUAUGCUGUUAUGGUUUGACAGAGCCGGAGACGCACCUGCUAGUGGAGCAGUGUUAACAAACAGCCCCAUAUCACCUGCGCCCAAUCGAUCCCUUAAAACUGAAUCCGUCACCGGAGUAGGAAGGGCAGGGCCCGGAUGGGUAGCUGUAUAUGAUGCAACUAAUUCAACGGCCGAGAGGCGACGCGGGAUUUAUGAAAAGUGUGUAGAGAAUGGAAUUCAAGUCAUGUUUAUUGAAAGUAUAUGUGAUAAGGACGACAUCAUUUUGGCCAAUAUCAAAGAGGUGAAACUUUCAUCUCCAGAUUACGCAGGCAUGGAUCCUGACAAAGCCGUUGAAGACUUUGUUCGCCGUAUUUCUCACUAUUCCGAGUACUACGAAACGCUUGAUCCCGCUGAAUGCAAUUGCCAAAUCCCGUUCGUCAAAGUUAUCAAUGUUGGUGACCAAGUCAUCGUCAAUAAAGUCAAAGGCUACCUCCAGUCUCGCAUCGUGUACUUCUUAAUGAACUUAAACAUUACCCCGAAAUGCUUCUACUUUACGCGGCAUGGCGAAUCACUUUUCAACGUUGCCGGAAGGAUCGGAGGGGAUGCAGACCUAAGUCCACGUGGGCAGGAUUUUGCAAGAAAGCUACCGACCCUGAUCACCGAAAAUUUAGGAGGUGAAACGCAAUUAACCGUAUGGACGUCUACUUUGAAGCGAACCAUUCAGACAGCAGCGUAUCUUCCGUAUACGCAAAUACAGUGGAAGCAAUUGGAUGAAUUGGAUUCUGGUGUAUGCGAUCAGCUGACAUAUGAGGAAAUUGCAGAGAAGUAUCCACAAGACUUUAGUGAGAGAGAUCAGGACAAAUUCAACUACCGAUACCAUGGCGGCGAGAGCUACCGAGAUCUCGUACAGCGCCUGGAGCCCGUCAUUAUGGAAUUGGAACGUCAUCAUGAGCGCGAUCAUUCCAUAUUGAUUGUGGGUCAUCAAGCUGUCCUCCGAGCAAUCUAUGCAUACUUUCUCAACUAUUCGCUGGAUGAGUUGCCAUACGUCAAGAUUCCCCUGCAUGCAGUGGUCAAACUUACUCCGAAAGCGUAUGGAUGUAUAGAAGAACGAUUUACGGUUGAUGUACCGGCGGUCGACACUCACCGACCGAGUCCACACCCAGCAUUAAAUGCCAAGAACAAAUCAUGA